AUGGGGAUCCGGGAGAUGGAGCCCGAGGAACGAACAAAUUCCCCAGGGCACAGCUGCGUGGAGUGGCUCCAGAAAUAUGUCAGAUAUGGGCGGGAGGAGCUGCAGUGUAAAGAGCCCCCUGAUGUCCGUGUGUCCCGAAAAGUGGAACACGGGAUCCUGACACUGUCCUGCCGCGCAUACAGAUUCUACCCCAGCACCAUUGGGACCAGCUGGAUGAAGGGGAUGAAAUCCCGGAUCGUUCCACACCUGGGCAGGAUCGAAGCGCUGCUGGAGGAGCAGGAGCAGCCCCUGCGCCGGGCGGAGCAUCCCGGAAUGCCAGAGCCUGGGAUCUGCUCCUGGGCUGAGGCUGGGAACAUGGAAUGUGGGAACUGGGAAUUUGGGACUGUGGAGCAGUGGGAUGGGGGUUCCCCUCCCCUCCUCACCAUGCCGUGCUUCCCAGAGCUGGAAUCCAGCAGGAAUCUCACCCUGGUGGUCGCUGUGUCUGUCAGUGCUGCCAUCAGCAUUGUUAUCCUCAUUGGAUUUGGUGUCUGGAAGCUCCAAUCUGGUUCUCCCUAAACCCAACCUGGGGGUCACCCUGUUCUUCUCCCCUUCCCAGACACUUGGAGAUCCCCCCAUGACCCAUCCAGCCCCCCCAAACUCCUCCUUGGGUCACCCCUAAGUCCCCAGUGGGGAUUUCUGUGAGUUCCCCUGUGUUCCCCCAUUCCCAGGACUUUGGGGGUCCCCCCCGACCUGUCUGUGCCCCCCCUGAUUUCUUCCACAGCCCCUCUGUGAUGGUGGGGGCUGGGGUCCAAGUGCUGGUGCCUCCCUGCCUGCAGCAGAUCUAGCACUGAGGGGAGUCCCUUAGCAUUUGGGGUCCCCUGGGGUUAGGGGUCACCCCCCCGGGUCACCCAGGAUCUCCCUGAACACGCUGGCACUGCCCAUGCUCAGUGAGAAGGUUC